AUGCCAAAAGGUGAAGAUUUCAGACCUGAAUUUGAUAUGGCAAACCGAGGUUUCAAAAUAGGUUUAACGUUUGCAACUGCUGAGUUGUUUAGAAAAGCUGUGAGGAUAUACUCCAUUAAUUGUAGAAGGGAGUUGAUAUUUAUGAAUAAUGACUGUAACAAAAUAAGAGUAGUCUGUGAAGAGGGCUGCCCUUUUGUUAUUCAUGCUUCAAGUGUUAGUGGUAGCACUUACCUGGAGGUGAAAACUUUUAAUCCUACACAUGUUUGUAGUAAGGGGACUAAAAAUAUACAUGCCACUGCUAGCUGGUUGGCUAAAAGAUAUUCUGGGCAGUUAAGGCUCAAUCCAAAUUGGACUGCUUCUUCUUUUGCAGAGCAAGUUCACCAAGACUACGAUUAUAGACCAUCUAGAGCAACUGUGUACAGAGCAAGAGCCAUGGUAGUUGACAUUGUAGAGGGGUCUUACAGUAAACAAUAUGAAGUCUUGUGGGAUUCUUGUCAUGAGUUAAGAACCAGAAAUGUGGGAAGUACAAUUAUCAUUAAAUAUGAAAUGGAAGGUGAUAGGCCACAAUUUCAGAGAAUUUACAUAUAUCUUGCAGCCUGCAAGAAGGGGUUUUUGGAUGGUUGUAGGCCUGUGGUUUGCUUGGAUGGGUGUCAUGUCAAAGGGCCUCAUCGGCCAGUGCGUUCUGCAAUGGGAGUUGAUGCAAACAACGGAAUGUUUCCACUUGCCUAUGCAUAUGUAGAGAUUGAGAGCAAUUCAACGUGGCUGUGGUUUUUAGAAUUAUUGAGUGGUGAUCUGAAUAAAAAAGAGCAUAGACAUUGUUUGAAACAUCUAUAUGGAAACUUCUAUUUGGAACACAGAGGUCUUACUUUGAAAUAUCAAAUGGAAGCAAUUGCUAGGACCACAACAAUGCCAUGGUUUCAUGCAAAGAUGAGAAAGAUGUUGGAGUUGUCUAAACCUGCACAUGAUUGGCUUGUAGAGAAAGAUCCUAGGCAUUGGAGUAGGGCAUAUUUCAAGAGUGAUUCCAAGGGUGACAUGCUUAUGAACAACCUAUGUGAUGCAUUCAACCGUAGCAUAAUGGAUGCCAGAGACAAGCCAGUUUUGAUUAUGCUGGAAAGAAUUCGUGGCCGCAACUUUGUUGUUGAUUUGAAUGCCCACGAUUGUUCAUGCCAUGCUUGGGAUUUGAAUGGAAUACCAUGUUCGCAUGCUUGUGCUGCAAUAAGUUGGUUUCAUGGGAAUCCAGAGGACUUUUGUGAUGCAGUGUACAAGAAAGAGGCUUAUUUGAGAGCCUAUGAACCAAUGAUUAUGCCUAUGACCAGCCAAGAUCAGUGGAUGAAGAUUAAUUUACCUGCAUUACUCCCUCUGAAAUACCACAAGCAGCCUGGUAGGCCUAAGAAGACAAGAAAACAAGCUGUUGAUGAACCUAAACAACCUGCUAAUCCAUAUAAGAUUCCUAGGUAUGGCAUCCCUUUAAAGUAUGGCAAUUGCAGUGGAGAAGGGCAUAAUUGA